AUGCCGGGAACACGAGGCAAUGACACGCAUCGUGUCAUACCAGGUCAUUAUUUGCACCAGUUACCUGAACAGGAUGAAGCGAGACUUUCUCGGAUAUUUAACGCAUUAGAUCACGAUGGGAAUGGCAGGAUCGACGUGCAUGAUUUGUCCAAGGCUUUACAUAAAGUCGGUGUCCAUAAACGUUAUGCUGAGAAUGGAUCAAGACGGUACAUUAAGUAUUAACUUUAACGAAUGGCGGGACUUCCUGAUGUAUGCGCCGAGUGACGACAUACGUGAGCUCAUCAGAUAUUGGCGACAUUCCACAUACAUGGACAUUGGUGAAGAUAUCGGAGUACCUGAUGAUUUUACAAGUAACGAAAUGAUAACAGGGAUGUGGUGGAGGCAUUUACUUGCUGGUGGAUUAGCUGGAGCUGUUUCGCGGAGCUGUACUGCGCCUUUAGAUCGUAUUAAAGUUUAUCUUCAAGUUCACGGGACAACGCAAUGCAAUAUGUCAAAUUGCUUUAGAUAUAUGUUGAAAGAGGGAGGAGUACUCAGUUUAUGGCGUGGCAAUGGUAUUAAUGUACUUAAAAUUGGUCCUGAAACAGCUCUCAAGUUUAUGGCCUACGAGCAAGUUAAAAGAGCAAUCAAAGGAACUGAUACGAGGGAGUUAGGUAUAAAUGAGAGAUUCAUUGCUGGAUCCAUGGCAGGUGGAAUUAGUCAAUCAGCAAUUUAUCCUCUUGAGGUACUAAAGACUAGAUUAGCACUUCGCAAGACGGGUGAAUUUUCCAGUAUAGUUGAUGCAGCUAAAAAAAUUUAUAGUCAAGGUGGUUUAAAAAGUUUUUACAGAGGCUACAUUCCUAAUUUAAUUGGAAUUCUUCCAUACGCUGGAAUAGACUUGGCUGUUUAUGAAACGUUGAAGAAUAGAUAUCUAAGAUCACACACUAGCAAUGAACAGCCGGCAUUUUGGGUUUUACUUUUAUGUGGUACAGCUUCAAGUACAGCUGGACAGGUGUGCUCCUAUCCGCUUGCACUAGUCAGAACUAGAUUACAAGCUGAAUUAUCCCCCGGAAAUUCACCAACUACGAUGGUUGGAGUGUUUAAAGAUAUCAUACAACGCGAUGGAGUUAAAGGCUUGUACCGCGGAUUGACGCCUAAUUUUCUCAAAGUAGCACCAGCGGUAUCAAUAAGCUACGUGGUUUAUGAACAUUUUCGGCAAGCACUGGGUGUCAACAUGACGUGA